UCUUUCGACUAAUGAUCCUAGGUUAACCCGCCUAAACUCGAGCAGGAGAUGGGUUGGGCAGUGUGCGGUGUGUAGGAAGGUAAGUCCACAACGAAAGGAUACACCUCUUCGUAGUGGUUGGACAA